AUGAGCACCUCGGGCCGGGUGAAGUCCUUCAAUGGCGGGAAGGGCUUCGGCUUCAUCGACUGCGGAUUAGGCACAGACGUCUUCAUUCACAUCAAGGACUGCGUUGAUGGGAACCAGCCCGCGGCAGGUGAUACGUUGACGUUUGACCUGGAGCCGAGCAAGUCCAAGCCUGGGCAAAUGCAGGCCAAAAACGUGCGAGGGGGCACCGCGGUGAAGGAGCAGCCCGGCGCCGACCCGUUCACGGCCACGCGGAGCUUGGGCACCAGGACGGGCACCGUGAAGACCUUCAACGCAGAGAAAGGCUUCGGCUUCAUCGCGGUGGAGGACGGGGGCCCGGACGUGUUUCUGCACGUGAAGCAGUGCGUGGGCUCCAUGCCCAAGCCCGGGGACAUCGUCACCUACGACGUGGAGCCCUCCAUCAACCGGCCCGGGCAGAUGGUCGCAAAGAACGUCACAGGGGGCACUGUGCCGCUCUCCGCAGUAGGCGGGGCGCAAGGCUAUGGAGCCAUCAGGACCACUCUAGACGUGCAGCAACUGGCAGGCCCCUAUGGCCAGAACGGGAUGCUGGGUGCCCAGGGCCAAAUGGGCGUUCAAGGCAUGGGCAUGGACAUGAACGCCAUGGGCAUGCAGCAGAUGCAGAUGGCGCCGCAGAUGGGCCAAAUGGGCCAAAUGGGCCAAAUGGCACCAAUGGGCCAGAUGGGCUGUUCGCAGAUGGGCCAGAUGACACCUCAGAUGGGCCAGAUGACUCCCCAGAUGGGCCAAAUGGGUCAGAUGGGCCAGAUGGGCCAGAUGGCCCCGCAGAUGGGCCAGAUGGGCCAGAUGGGCCAGAUGGGCCAGAUGGGCCAAAUGGGCCAAAUGGGCCAAAUGGGGUGUGGAGGCUGUUCAGGCUACGGAUGUGGCAUGAAUGGCCAACUAGGCGGCGACAUGAGCGGCUUGGGCUGUCAAGCGGGAUGUGGUGGAUGCAUAUCCCAGCCAAUGAUCGGACAGCCUCAAGAUGGGCUCGGAGGAGGGUGUGGUUAUAUCUCCCAGCCAGUGAUAGGUCAACAGGACGGGCUGGGUGGCUGUAUGCCCCAACAGAUGCAUGGACAGGAUGGCCUUGGAUGCGGGGCAUGCGCUAUGCCUCAACCCAUGCUCGGGCAGCAGCAAGAUGGUCUCGGAGGAUGUGGGGCGUGCAUGUCCCAGCCGAUGAUGGGCCAGCAACAAAUCUCACAAGAUGGGCUUGGUGGAGGAUAUGGAGGUUAUGGCCUGUCACAACCCAUGAUGGGGCAGCAAGACGGCCUCGGAGGAUGUGGGGCGUGCAUGUCGCAACCAAUGAUGGGUCAGCCACCUGUUGCGCAAGACGGCCUCGGAGGAUGUGGGGCGUGCAUGUCGCAACCAAUGAUGGGUCAGCCACCUGUUGCGCAAGACGGCCUCGGAGGAUGUGGGGCGUGCAUGUCGCAACCGAUGAUGGCUCAGCCACAGGUUGCGCACGACGGCCUUGGAGGAUGUGGGGCGUGCAUGUCGCAACCGAUGAUGGCUCAGCCACAGGUUGCACAAGACGGCCUUGGAGGAUGUGGGGCGUGCAUGUCGCAACCAAUGAUGGGUCAGCCACAGGUUGCACAAGACGGCCUUGGAGGAUGUGGGGCGUGCAUGUCGCAACCAAUGAUGGCUGGUCAGCCACAGAUUGUGCAAGACGGCCUUGGAGGAUGUGGGGCGUGCAUGUCGCAACCGACGAUGGGUCAGCCACUGGUUGCACAAGAUGGUCUGGGCGGAUGUGGGGCAUGUGGCAUGUCUCAACCGACCGGGCUUGAAGGCAGCACUGGCUGUCAAACUGUCAAUGGGUCCUCCCAAGGUGGCCCCCCACAAGAUGGCAGUUCAGGCACGCAGCCAGUACCCGCCCUUUCGGCACCUGAAGCUACUGGAGAAGCGAGCUAG